AUGGAUUCAGAGCACAGUUCGCUGAAGUUGCCGCCAGACGAUGAGAAGCCAGACGUUGAUCACAAGGAGAACAUGAUCUCCGAUGGAGAGAUCCUCGAUGAUUCGAUCGAAACAACAAAUCCGGGGAAGGGAGUGUGGCUGAUUGCCAGCACAGUGUCCAUGGGCGGGUUUCUAUUUGGCUACGAUACCGGUGUCAUAUCUGCUGUGCUCGUCAAUAUUGGAACGGACUUGGGACAAACAUUGUCAUCGAGUGAACAAGAGCUGGUCACUUCCAUAACUUCCGGAGGAGCUCUCAUUGGAGCGGUGCUCGCUGGAUUAAGCUCUGAUAGAUAUGGACGUCGAAUCGGUAUCUAUAUCGGAUGUGUCCUAUUUUUUGUUGGGACCUUGAUCCAAGCACUCUCCUGGUCACUUGCCCAGAUGACAGUCGGUCGUCUGGUUGUCGGCUUCGGUGUGGGCAGCGCUGCUAUGAUCAUCCCUCUGUACAUAGGAGAACUGGCACCUGCACGGUACCGUGGCCGACUCAUUGUAUUUGAUAAUUUGUGCGUGGCUUUUGGUCAACUUGUUUCCUAUGCCAUCGGGGCCGCGUUCACAGAUGUAUCCCACGGAUGGAGAUAUAUGGUGGGACUGGGAGCAAUCCCCGCCAUCGUGCUUGGUUUUAUGAUGCCUCUGUGUCCCGAAUCUCCUCGCCAGUUGAUCUCGCAUAGCCAUGACGAUAAGGCCAACAAAGUACUGAGAAGAAUCUUUCCAAACGCUACUGACGAGCAGAUUGUUGCCAAAAUUCGACUCAUCAAGCACUCCAUAGAAGACACGGCGGUCUCUGUCUCAGAUCGAAGCCUGUGGUGGCAAACCAAACAGCUAUUCACAGUUCCUGCCAAUCUGCGAGCUCUUGCAACAGCCUGCGCUGUCAUGGCGAUAUCCCAACUGGGUGGUUUCAACACUUUGAUGUACUAUUCAGGCACUUUGUUCUCCAUGGUUGGAUUUGAUAAGCCGACAGCGGUUUCAAUUGUUGUUGGAGCCACCAAUUUUGUGUUUGGAUUUGUCAACUUUGCCAUUAUUGACCGAUACGGACGACGGGUCGUGCUUUUGGUCACCAUGAUGGGAAUGUGCUUGGCUAUGGCUGUCACCGCGAUAGCCUUCCACUGGAUUCCAGUCAGCCAUGACCUUACUGAGGUUGAAACAACGGGAAUGACCUGGGCCGGAGGUCUUCUUCUUGCCGCUAUCAUUCUGUACGUUGCAUUUUAUGCCGCAGGAGUGGCUCCGAUCUCCUGGGUGGGAACAGAAUUCCUGCCUUUAGAGGUUCGUGCACUGGGGACGAUGUUGAACACUGUGACAUGCUGGGCCUGCAACAUUAUCAUUUCCUCGACAUUCUUGUCCAUGAUGAAGGGAAUGACUCCCAGCGGAACCUUCGGGUUUUAUGCCGGCAUUUGCUUUAUCGGGUGGGUGUUUGUUGUUUUCUUCUAUGCUGAAGUCCACAACAUGCCUCUUGAGUCGGUCCGUGAGAUCUAUGAGCACGGCUUUGGCGUUAAGGAAUCCAAGAUCGCCUCUCUCGCGGUCCAGCGCGCGAGCGUGGUUACAAAAACCGUCCUGGCAGAAGUCGACAAGGGAUCCACAAACAAAGACGAUGACUCACCUGUCACCAUUGCCGAUUUUGCUUCGCAAGCCAUCCUCAUCAGUGCCAUCCGACACAAUUUCCCAGAUGACAAGUUCCUCGGAGAGGAAUCGGCGUCUGCGUUACGCGGGAAUCCGGCGCUGGCUGAGCGAGUAUGGAAGUUGAUUACUUCGACCAAAUUGAACCAUGACGAGAGUGAAAUGCUUGUUGCCGCCCCUACCUCCAUAGAUGAGAUGCUGGAUUUUAUCGACAUUGGCGGCGAUCAGAAUGAGUCUGCCAGCGGUCGCAUCUGGUUUUUGGAUCCCAUCGAUGGAACGGCCACCUUCAUCCGUGGACAGCAGUAUGCCGUAUCCGUGUCUCUUGUCGUGGAUGGCGAGCAGAAGGUUGGCGUUGUCGGAUAUCCCAAUCUACAAUUCCAGAGCACCUACGUUGAAGAAGCUCUCGUCGACAAGGAUGGCUAUGGUUUGAUGCUGUCAGCCGUCAAGGGCUAUGGGGCAUACAAACGACAAAUGACGAAAGCCAGUCUACAGCCACCGCAAAAGAUCUUGAAAGCCCGUAAAGACUUGGAUAUCGAAGACAUCUCCUUUACGGAAAGCUUAGAGAGUCCUUGGAUCUCGGUGAAGAAACAUUCGGCGGUGCGAGAGAAGCUUGGAACCAGGAAACAGCUGGCAAAUCUCUGGUCAAUGCAAGUCAAAUAUGCCGCCCUGACGAUCGGGGCAGCCGAUGCCAUGAUUCGAAUCCCCAGGGACAAGGAAUACCGACCAUAUGCAUGGGAUCAUGCGGGUGGAAUGCUGAUCUUUGAAGAAUCGGGCGGGAAGAUCACCGAUCUCAGUGGGAAACCCUUCAACUAUGGCAAGGGUAGAAAACUAAGCGACAACUUGGGAUUGGUAGCGACAUCGCCUGAGAUUCAUUCUCAGAUCCGGGCAGUUGCCAAUCAGGUUUUUGUCGACGAUAGCAUUUAG